AUGGCAACAAGUUCAGCCUCACUCUUGCCUCCAACCUUCAAUGGGGAACAGUACCAUAUGUGGGUUGUUAAGAUGAAGGCAUACUUGAGAGGUCAGAGUUUAUGGCAGUAUGUAGAUGAAGAGAAACAGCCACCACAGUUGGGACCAAACUCAACCCUGAACCAGAUAAGACUCCAUGAAGAGGAGACUGCAAAAGCUUCAAGAGCCUUGUCCCAUUUACAUGCUGCAGUCACCGAUCAAGUUUUCACAAGGAUAAUGGCUUGUGAGACAGCAAAGGAAGCUUGGGACAAGCUUAAGGAAGAAUUUGGAGGAAGCACCCAAACUAGAAACAUGCAAGUCUUGAACCUAAGGAGAGAGUUUGAGACAUUGAAAAUGCAAGAGGCUGAAGUUGUUAAAGAGUAUGUAGAUAGAUUAAUGAAUGUGGUUAACAAGAUAAGGUUGUUAGGGGAAGAGAUAAGUGAUAAAAGAAUUGUUGAAAAGGUGUUAGUAAGCCUACCCGAGAAAAUCAAGCCAACUCAGGGAGAAAACAAGAAGUUUGGAGGAGAGAAAAGAGGAAAGGAGAGAGCAAACAAGCAGUGGAACAAACCAGCAGGUUUCAAGGUUUUUGCACCAUGUUCCCACUGCAAGCAGAAGAACCAUGCUGAGUACAAGUGCUGGUUCAGACCAAAUGUUCAAUGCAAUGCAUGCAAGCAGCUAGGCCACAUUGAAAAGGUCUGCAAAAACAAACAACAGCAACCUGCACAGCAAGCACAGACUGCUAAAGAUUUGCAAUAG